ACGUGUGGUGCGCACCCCGCCCAAAUCCCACCAAAAUCCAUCCGUACCCCGUGGCCCCGUCGCCCACCACAUCCCGAAUCUCUGGUCGCCGUCGCGCUCUCUCCUCCGUCCCUCCGCCGGCGCGCCCCCUCCCACUCAAACAACGCUCACCGAAUCACGCACCCACAUCCUCCCAGCAGCAGCCACAACGUGAAGCGCGCGCGCACCCAUGGCCACCGCCUGCCGCUUCGCCGUGCCGCUCGGCCUCGCCCAGCUGCCCCGCAGCCGCACCGGCGCCGUGGCCGUCGCCCAAUGCGGCUCCAAGAUUCCGAGAAGCGUCGCCGUCAGAGCGACGUCCGGCGGCGAGGGCUCGGCGGAGACGCCGGAGAUCAUCAAGGCUGCGCAGGACGCGUGGGACAAAGUUGACGACAAGUACGCCGUAGCCACCAUCGGAGUUGCAGCAAUCGUCGCGCUCUGGACGGCGGUAGGAGCGAUCAAGGCCAUCGACAAGCUUCCUCUUUUGCCUAGUGUCCUUGAGAUUGUGGGAAUUGGCUACACAGGGUGGUUCACAUACCGUAACCUCAUCUUCCAGCCAGACAGGGAAGCUCUGAUUAGUAAAAUCAAGAUCACCUACAACGAAAUCACCGGGACCAGCAGCUAAUCAAGCAUCAUUCACAAGAUGCGCCCUGUAAGCAUACGAUAGAACUGCAUCUGUGAGCACUGAGCAUCCAGGCAAGUGAAAGUGAACACAUGUGAGACAGGUGGUUUUACUGUUUCUGUUUGUCUUUUCUUAAGUCAGAGGAAAAAACUCUACCGAUGAGCUGGUUGUUUACUUAUUGUAAUGUAAUAAACUAAUAUUUUUCACAUAUUUCCAGUUUCUUUCGGGACCACAUUGAGCUGGUCGUUUA